CAAUAUACUAAUAAUGACUUCAACUUUACAUCUAUAUAAAAAUAUUGUAUAGGCGUUGCAUUCAAGAUGUAAAGUUGAAGAACCAGUGGUCAAUUUUAGUCUUUUAAUGUCAACUUUUGUUUAGCUGUCAGAUUUGUUAAUUUUUUCAUUUAUCCUGAAAUAUAAUUAAGUACAAAAUGAAUUGUGUAUUUGUAUUGUUUAUUUUAGCAGUUUUGCAAUUUCAAUAUAUUGAGGGAGGAUGGGGUGGUUCACGUGUAAAUAACGCCAAACCUGUCACCAAUGGUGGUAGAAAUUUAUAUAAUAAGUAUGUUAGUGCUGGUGCUCAAGGAAAUUCAUUAGGCCCUAAAUUUGAUGGCAGAAGAGGUUUGGGAUUCUCAGCUUGGGGUAUAAUUGGCAUUAUAGUUGGAGGAAUAUUAGCUAUAAUGGGCAUAUAUUACACUUCAGUUUUCUAUCCUAUCUUGUGCAAAAAAGAGCGCCGCUAUGAUAAAAUGCGUGCGAUAAGUAAUGUCUAAUUAUUGCAAAUAUAUGCUAAUUCAUCUUAAUAUAGCAUGUAAAAUGGCUAUGUAUUCAUAAUAAUCCCAUACAUAUGUGUAUGUACAUACAUAUGUACACAUAAACAUAUAAUU